AUGGCGGAGGCCGCGGCCGCGGCCGCAGGAGCGACGCCUCUCCUCCGCAACCUCCCUGACGAGAUCGUGCUCUGGGAGAUCCUCGCCCGCCUCGACCCCAGAUCCCUCGUCCGCUGCCGCGCCGUCUGCCGCGCCUGGCGCCGCGCCACCUCCACCCGCCGCUUCCUCCUGGCCCACCACGCCCGCCAGUCCGCCCUCCCCAUCGUCGCCGACAACGGGCACCGUACCUUCCUCGCCUUCGACCACCGGGCCGCCGCCGCCGACGCCCAGUUCCACACCGUCGCCCGGCUUGGCGAGUCCUUCAGUCUGGAGCUCUGCUGCGACGGUCUCCUCCUCAUCGCCAAGUCUGGCAUGCUUGGCAGUCGCGCCCGCCUCGCCGUCUGCAACCCGGUAACGCGUCAGCACGCCUCCCUCCCGCCGCUGACGGACUUCAACAUCCUGGGGAUGUACCUACACGGACCUACCGGCGAGUACCGGCUGUUACUGCAGUGGAGGAGUGCAAUGGACUGGGGGGACGACAGUGACUGUGACUCGCCUACAGGCAAAAAUGGCUGCUAUGUCUUUGCGCUGGGAUCCGACCAGCCACCGAGGUACAUCGGGUUGUCGGAGCCCAAAUUCUCGUCGGCUUACUUCCACGGACCUGCCCGGAUGCAUGCUCCAGCUGAUCCCACCAAGUCAUUCAUCUUUCAGAUGGAUGACAUGCUUGGCAUCUAUUGCUGUAACAAGGAUGCGGAAGUUGUUGAUAUAUGGGUGUUGCCAAACUACGAAAGUGAGGUUUGGGACUUAAAGUACCGGGUUGCAUUGCCAAUCACAGAAAUCAGGGGAAAGCUUGAAGGCCAUGAUGGUGAGGCCUAUUGGAUAUGA